AUGGGGCGAGAUAUUCCGGAUCAUACGGGGCAUGAAGCAGUGGCUCAACUGGCCAAAGGGUGGCAUCAAGAGUGCAAAAGAAAUCACUCAUGCGGGGGCUUUUAUCAGCACAGGCAGACUGGAUGGUACCCCAAGCGCCUCGUCGAUGUCGGCCAAGGCGAUCGGCGACCCCGUCUAGUCCUCCGGGACGAAAAUGACCUAUGUGGUCCCUAUGCAACCUUGAGCCACUGCUGGGGUGAAAAUCCCGAGUUCUUCAUGCUGAAUGCAGACAAUAUGGAAGAUCUUCGCAAGGAAAUCCCUCUCGACCGACUGGCCGCAAGCUUCCGGGACGCCAUCCUGACCUGUCAACGUCUACAGAUCCCGUAUAUAUGGAUCGACUCUCUUUGUAUCCUCCAAGCUGGGCCAGCCUCUCAAUCUGACUGGUUUUUUCAUGCCAAUGAGAUGCAUAAGGUCUAUCUAAACUGCGAACUCAACAUUGCGAUCGAUGUCUCGGCGAAUCCGCAUGAGGGUGCCUUUCGCCCGAGAAAUCCAGACCUAUUACAAGAUUGCUACGCAUGGACACCAUUCCAUUCGUAUUCAGAUUUUCCUCAGGAAGGUCUAGAACACAAACCAGACACAGAAUCAGAAAGCAAGUCUUUGUUUGAUUCAAAGCAUCGCGGACCACCAUCUCUCUCAAAGGCAGAUCACAUUAAUCUCUGCGCGAUAUUCACCGAGGAGGACUUCUCUUAUUCGCGUUUGAGCCUUCCUCUCAGUCAACGCGCAUGGGUGUUCCAGGAAGCUCUCCUAUCACCAAGGACCCUGCAUUUUGGGAGUGAUCGUAUUUGGUGGGAGUGUGCUGAAAAAACGACACUCUCCGAAUGCAUGCCUAACAGCGUAGCCAAUCGCACACAGAAAGGCUUUGACUGCCUCUUCCAGUUCAAUUUCAAUGUUGAGAAUCGUCACGCCGAAAGUCUCAUAUCAUACUUUGACUAUUUAGCGACCUAUACAGAGCGAGAACUCUCUCACCCCAAUGAAGACAAACUUGUUGCCUUUGCUGCAAUUGCUCGCCUAUGUGCCUCAUGGUUUGGGGGAGACUACUGCGCAGGAAUUUUCCGCCAUAGCAUGCCUUGGGGACUUCUCUGGCUUACAGAAAACAUCACCUCCACACCACGGCCAGACAGCUAUCGGGCUCCGUCUUGGAGCUGGGCGAGCUUGGACGUUCGUGUCUUGUUCGACUACUACGAUCAUCAACCAGACAUCCUGGCUCGUGUUAUAGAUGUUUCAGUACAACUAGUGGACACAACUGAUCCAUUUGGUCAAGUCAAAUCCGCCGCUCUGACUUUACAGGGACCGUUGAUCUCUUCCCAAGCCCUGGUUGGCGAAGGGUCAACUGAGCGAUCCACAAAAUUCCUGGCAGUGUCUACUCUACUAGAUGAAGAAAUAUCGCUGCAGCCAGAUGAUUACGGGUGUUGGUUUCGCUUCUCGCAGGCAGAGCGGCAUCCCGACUACUAUCCUCGCCUGGGGGAGAAUCUGCACUUUGUUUGUAUUGGAGAGGUGGAGUGCAGCCCAGAUUGGAAACAGAGUUCUGGUACAUACGGUCUUAUGUUACGGAAGGUUGACAACAAAAGUUUUCUACGAGUGGGUAGAUGGGUGGCAAGAGUUGGGUUUAUUCAGCGUCAUGCCGGAACGAAGUGUGAGUUACGACCAGAAACCAUUACUCUACUUUAA